AAGCGCAGAGCGUCCCAACCCUGGUUCCAGACUACAACUCCCGGCAUGCCCCGCACCUGGUACUCGCCCGCGGCGUGCGGAGGGAAGGAUGCAGACACCGCAGCCGGCGAUGAGGAUGGAGGCCGGGGAGGCAGCGCCACCGGUGGGGGCGGGCGGCCGCCCUGGGGGCGGCUGGGGCAAGUGGGUGCGGCUGAACGUGGGGGGCACGGUGUUCCUGACCACCCGCCAGACGCUCUGCCGGGAGCAGAAGUCCUUCCUCAGCCGCCUAUGCCAGGGCGAAGAGCUUCAAUCGGACAGGGAUGAGACUGGGGCCUACCUCAUUGACCGUGACCCCACCUAUUUCGGGCCCAUAUUGAACUUCCUAAGGCAUGGCAAACUGGUGCUGGACAAGGACAUGGCUGAGGAGGGGGUCCUGGAGGAAGCUGAGUUCUACAACAUUGGACCUCUGAUUCGAAUCAUCAAAGACAGGAUGGAAGAGAAAGACUACACAGUGACCCAGGUGCCACCCAAGCAUGUGUACCGCGUGCUGCAAUGCCAGGAGGAAGAGCUCACACAGAUGGUCUCCACUAUGUCCGAUGGCUGGCGCUUCGAGCAGCUGGUGAACAUCGGUUCCUCCUACAACUACGGGAGUGAGGACCAGGCCGAGUUCCUGUGCGUGGUGUCCAAGGAGCUGCACAGCUCCCCACACGGCCUGAGCUCACAGUCUACUCGCAAGACCAAGAGCACGGACGAGCAGCUGGAGGAGCAGCGGCGGCAGGAGGUGGAGGAGGUGGAGGUGGCCCAGGUGCAGGUGGAGGCGGAUGCCCAGGAGAAAGCCCUGUCAUCUCAGGAUCCCGCUAACCUUUUCUCCCUCCCACCACCGCCUCCUCCUCCUCCGCUUCCUGCUGGAGGUCCUGCUUCAUCUUCAUCCACCUCCUCUUCCUCCUGGAUCUCAUCUGCACCCUGCCUCUUCCCUCUCUGCCCUUGCCCAGGUUUCCUCUCCGCCUGCUCCCGUCUCCACUCUGGGGCUGCCCUAGUCCCAGUCUCCCGUGCCCUCUCCCCAGGUCCCCUCGGCCUGCAUCCCCAAGCAUCCUGCCUGCCGCCUCCUUCGCCCCUUCCGGCCCCUCCUGCCUCCUGGCCUGGGGAGGAGGGGCGUGGCCGCAUCUGCUCUAUGCCCUCCAACCCAGCAGAGCACCUGUGAGGCUGGCCUUGGCCACAGGCCCCACUCUUCCCACUUGCCUCCUCACGUUUCCUCCUUGCAGGUCCCUGUCCGCACCCUCCCAGACCCAAGCCUGAGCUUGCCGUGAGAGCUCCUCGGCCCCGCGCCCGCCCCCAGAGCUGCCGCCCCUGGUUUGUAGCCUGGCAGAGCUGGAGGGAGGGGCGGAAGCAAGGAGGGUGCUCAUAUUUUUGUCUUUGGACUCGAGCCGAUCUUUUGGCUGAUUUUCUCCACCCACCAAAGUCUCUCAACUUAUCUGGUCCUUGGGGUGAGGCCCCGAGAACUGAAAGAGUCCAGUGGUGGAGACAGACUCUCACACUCGGUCGGCACUGGAGCCAGGCUGGGGAGGGGAGCCCUGUGCCUCUGCCCCACCCCGCAUGUCGUGCAGCACUGCAUGUGGGUACUGUGUCCCCCUAGUUCUGCGGAGUGGGUGGACAGGCCAUAUGUGGUGCUCCUUGGCUGAGGAGUUGGCAAGAGCCUGCCAAGUGUGGCAGAAAAAAAACCAAUCUGCUCUCUGGCUGACCAUAGCCUUCAGUCGGCCUUAUCUCCCUGUGUGACCUUGGGCAAGUCACCGCCUCUCCCUGAGCCACAGUUGGAUUCUAAGAUGGGGGCAGACAGCUGCUUCCAGUGCCCCCUUUUUGCCUGGGACAGCAGUGAUCUGCCUCUCCAUCUCUGCCCUGCCACCAGGCUGCCACUACCAGCCCAAGACGUCAGCUUCUCCCCUCCUCGGUUCUGACUCCACCUCCUUUGGGCCUCAGCCCCACCCCUCCUCCAGAGCCAGCCUGGGACUCACUUGCCUUUUUCUCUCCCUCUCUCCCUCCCUCCCCCACUCUCCCCAACUUUCCUGUCCUGGCAUUACCCUGUCCUCACUCCCCCCCAACCCUGGAUUUCUGACCCCCUUUCCUCUUCCUCUGUCCCUCCCCCUCUUAUUUUCUAGCUAUUACAAGCCAGAGGCACCCGGAUGUGAGCCCCCAGAUCACCUCCAGGGACUUGGGGUUCCGAUCUGAAAUCCUUUAUUUUUGUACCACGGGGUGGGCCCCUGGCCCGAGGAGGAAGACAUGCCCUCUACCUUGUCAAUGCUGCCUGCAUCUGCCGGGCUGAAACUCACUCCAGCCUUGAGGCCCGGGUCUGGGGCCCUCUGGGACCUUGGAAGGCCUGAGGUGGGCCCUGGGGUCUCCAGGCAGAGUCGCCAUAGCCAAACUCUGGCGCUGCCCACCCAUAUCUCCCAGGCUCCUUUGUCCCCUCACCUGGGCACCCAUGCUGCAUGGCGGAUACACUCCUUCCCAGCCCAGUCAUAGCAUAUCCCAGAGCCUCAGUCUCCAUGGCACCAUAGGGUCACCCCCUCCUCCCACCUACCUCACAGGGUUGUUGGGAGAAUCAGGGAGGAUCAUGGGGUUCCUGGAAACCCUAAGUGUGUUGGGGCUGCAAUCAUUACCUUCUGAGGGGAAGAACUCUAGCCCAGCCCCCGAAUGGGACACUAUGGCCUCAGAUUCUGGUGGGGGAGAAAUAUGAAGACUUAGCCAGGCAGGAAGGAAGGUAUAGGCUUCACAGCACCUUGGCCACCCCUCCUCUGUGCCAUGUGUUUGGCAGUGUCAGUCAUGAGGCUGCCUAGGAACUUGGGAUAGGGAAGGGGGCAGCUGUAAUGGGCUGAGCUGCCUCGCCCCUGUCUUGACCCCGGGGAUGGGCACAUGUCUGUCAGUUAUGUCCCACCCACCAUGAAAUAAACUGAACAAACAGGC